GCCAUCCAUGAGUGUGCUACUGGUUGAGGCCUUCUACGGGGGCUCCCACAAGCAGCUGAUAGACCUGCUGCAAGAAGGUGUGGACGGCUGUGUUCUAUACACACUUCCGGCCAAGAAAUGGCACUGGAGAGCCAGAACGGCCGCCAUCUACUUCAUGCAGACCAUCGCAGCUAGUUCCUCUUACAGGGUACUUUUCACUAGUUCUGUCCUUAACCUGGCGGAACUGACAGCCCUCCGACCAGACCUGGCCCGACUGAAGAAGGUCCUGUACUUCCAUGAGAACCAGCUGGUGUACCCAGUAAGGAAGAACCAGGAGAGGGAUUUUCAGUACGGAUACAACCAGGUCCUCUCAUGCUUGGUGGCAGAUGUAGUGGUGUUUAACUCCUCUUUCAACAUGGAGUCUUUUCUCACUUCUAUCGCAACGUUCAUGAGGCUGAUCCCCGACCACAGACCCGAAGAUCUGGAAGCGCUCAUCCGACCCAAGUGCCAAGUCCUCUACUUUCCUAUCAAAUUUCCCGAUGUCAAAAGGCUUCUUCCAGAGCACAAACGUCUCCGCAGCCUGGGACAGGCCUGCUCUGAGGAGAGCAGAAGCUCUCAACCCCUCGGCGGCAGGUGCAAUCCUGGGGGGGCUACUGAGGGAAAUCGUUCACCCCAAAACCGUCACUCAGAACCCAGGCCAGGACCCCAGAAAGAGCCCUCCGACUUGGGGAAGCAAGGACCCCAUGUUGCGUCUCGGGACAAUACGGAGAACUGCAGCAGCACAGAGCAAGGGGUCCCAGUGCCUUAUCAAGGGGAUGAUGGGGAAUUUAAACCCUGUGAGAUGAUGGAGACAUGUGACAAGGGCACCAGUCAGCAAAGGCCACUGCACAUCGUCUGGCCACACAGGUGGGAACACGACAAAGACCCGGAGGUCUUCUUCAAGACGUUACUGAAGCUGAAAGAGAAAGGACUGCACUUUCAAGUGUCCGUCCUUGGCGAGACCUUUACCGAAGUGCCAGACAUCUUCACCAAAGCCAGAGAGGACUUAGAUCCCUACAUCUCUCAUUGGGGCUAUGUACCCAGCAAAGAGGACUACAUCAAAGUGCUCUGCCAAGCAGAUGUUGUCGUUUCCACAGCCAAGCACGAGUUCUUUGGAGUGGCCACGUUGGAAGCUGUUCAUUGUGGCUGCUAUCCACUGUGCCCAAAGACUUUGGUUUAUCCUGAAAUAUUUCCUGCUGAAUAUCUGUACUCGACACCUGAGCAGCUCUUUAAGAGACUACAGGCUUUUUGCAGGAGGCCAGAUGUCGCACGAAGACAUUCUGUCAAGGUUGAUACAGCUGCGUUUUCCUGGGACGCUCUGAGGAGGAAAUUCGGGUCUCUUCUGGCAGCCGAGGCCAGCGAGGUUUUGUGACAGAUGGGGUGAAGUCACAAACUUGCUGCCCGCAGUGGAAUCUACAGAACGUUCCAUAGCAGGCCCAUAUUUACCUGAUCAGAGAGGAGCAUGGUGGGGUGGAGUGGGCUGGGGCAAGGAGGGGGACAGAAUGGGGACAGGAGGGAAAAACCGUGGAGGAAGCCAUUGCCUGGCUGCCAUAGCUGUCAUAGCUGACACCGAGCCAGCUGCCACAAACCUGUGGUGGCCUCAGAUCUCCCCUCCCUGCCACCACCCCGGCCUAAAUUAAACCCAUACUCACGCAGACGUUACCCUGCCUGCACAUGU